CGCCUGGGGCUACUCAGCGCUGCACGAACUGAGUCAUGGCCCAUGUUGUUUUCUUACUGGCUGCGGUUGUGAUUGGCGUGAAUAAGCGUCCCACACAUGUCUUAGAUCCCCGAGGUCGCAAAGGCGACGCCGACGAUUUUGUCAACGACGCAUUAGUCAGUACCUACCUACAUAAAGCUUCGGGGUCAGCCCGCAGUCCCCAAGUUCAUCCAAUUCGAAUUGUAGCAGUUGCACUCAUAAUCUGUAGUCCCUUGCAUACAUCAUGAGGUUAUCCCUCCUCCUCAGCACCUUGCUGCCCAGCCUCGGGCCCGCCAUCGCAACCACGGCACGCCCCGCGGGCCCCGUCGUCGACGCAAAGCACGGCGUGUCCUACCACGGCCUCGAGCGCAACGGCAUCGACGUCUUCCUCGGCAUCCCCUACGGCCAGGACACCAGCGGCGCGCGCCGGUUCAAGCCGCCCCAGAGACAUGUCCCCGAGCCCGGCGCCCGCGUCGACGCCACCGCGUACGGCCCCAGCUGUCCGCAGGCGCUCGGCCCGUGGGCGCCGCCGAUCUCGCUGGGGGAUAUCACGCGUGUGUCGGAGGACUGUCUGAGUUUGAAUGUGGCGCGGCCGAGGGGCGCGCGUGCGGGGGAUGGUCUGCCGGUGAUGGUGUAUAUCCAUGGUGGGGGGUUCUGGGCGGGGGAUGGUCAUGAUCCGACGAUCUUGCCGGAUGGGCUGGUUCGUGAGUCGGUGAGGAAUGGCUUGCCGGUUGUUCAUGUGGCGAUGAACUACCGGCUUGGGUUCUUUGGGUUCGCGCAAUCUGACGCCCUCCGGUCGGAAGGGUCGGGGAAUGCUGGCCUUAGGGAUCAAAGGCUUGCUAUGGAGUGGGUCAGAGACGAGAUCGCGCAGUUUGGGGGUGAUCCGGACAGGGUUACCAUCUUUGGACAGUCAUCAGGGGGUCUAUCUGUUGGCAUGCAUAUCAUGGCUUAUGGGGGUACUCAACCCGUUCCCUUCCAACAAGCCAUCUGCCAAAGCCAAGCGUUGGAACCUGGUAUCACCGGCACCUUUACCAUCGAUGCUAUGCAGGCGGUGGUUGACCAUGUCGGCUGUGAUGGAGCCGCUCUUCACUCCGAGGAGACAAUCGCUUGUUUGCGGGAGCUUGAUACGCAGACUCUUCUCAACGCCAGUCUGACAACGUAUCGCUCCGACCUCAACAUCGGGGAUAUCUGGCUCCCCGCUAUCGACAACGACUUCCUCCCGGCCGCCCCCUCAGCACUCAUCCGGGAGGGACGAUUCGCCAACGUAACCACCAUGAUGGGUUGGUGCGAGGACGACCUCACCUUUUUCACCGAUUCCAGCAUCCAAACCGCCGACGAGACCCGCGAAUUCAUCUCCUCCUACAUCCGCGGCGUAACCACUCCCAACAUCGACACCCUCCUCUCUCACUACCCCGUCUCCGACUUCACGGCCCAGUCCACACCCACGCUCUCCGCCGAGUUCUUCCGCGCCGCCCGCAUCUUCCGGGACAUCAUCAUGGUGUGCGAGCCGCUCUUCUACGGCCAGCACCUCGCCGCCGGCGCCGGCAAGAACGCCGUCUAUCUGUACGACUGGAACCAGACGGUGUUGGAACCCGUCCUCGAGCACGCCACGGACCGGGCCGGCUGGGGCCCGAUCCACACGGCCGAGUUCGGCUACAUCUUUGGCAACUUCUCGCAGUACGACUCGGGCGACUACCCCUUUGAUCCGACCGCGUCUGAUUACCGGCUUGCGGCGCGCGGUUCGAGGUCGUGGUCGACGUUUGCUGCUACGGGUAAGCCCAGUCUGGCGGGGCAUGAUACUUUCCGGGGCUUCAAGCCGGCGUUUUCUGAGGAUGGGGAUGAUACGUUUGUGUUUGUUGCGGGCGGGCCGUCUGAGGGGCUGUCGGCUAUUGAUGGGCGGGAUGCGGCGGAGGGGUUGAGGGCGCAGAAAUUGAGGGAGCGGUGCGGGUUUAUCAACUCGGCUGAGAUGAUUCAACAGUUGGGGUAUUAGUUAAGAGA